UAUUUGACGAAGUGAGACGUCCUCCUCAGAGCUGUUCUCCAACAAACAGUCUCCCGGUGCAGUGUUCCACCCGCUCUUUGUCCCCGACCGACUCAACAACCUCUGCCUUCCCCUUUAAGAUGAUGUCGCGUUUCAUUCCGUCUUAUUUAUCGACACCGUGCAACGUCGGCGGGCAGGAGCGUGGACUGAAGGCGAAGCAGCCGCUGUAGAAGCGAGACGUUUAGCUGCGACACCGGCAUCUCCCGGAGCGAGCGAGUCCCGGUGUGUCCACCAUCGACCCCAACAACAACAACAACAGCAGCUGCUGUCCGGGACAUGUCCUCCCAGGGUGCUGACGGUUGUCCAGGAGCUGUCCAGGAUACACGGUGAAACUACUCUGGACGUUGGAGGAAACCGCUCAACGACGUGCAGUGGGGUUAUAUCUUGAGAGAAUAUUCCCACAUCUCUUCUUCUACGUUGGGAAACCCUGCGUCAUCGUCAUGACAUCACCAGACUCUCCCCCACUAGUCUCUCCGUCCCCAUGUCCAGCCCCCCCUCCAUCCAUCCCCUCCUCCCCGACUCCUUCCUCCCCAGCACCUUCCACCUCCUCUCUCCCUGCUCCACCAUCACUGCCCCCGACAGGAGAGGUGAUGGUUCUGGCUCUGGGCAGGAAGAAGCAGAGGGUUCUGAUAGCUCUCUCCAUCCUGCCCAACUUUUUCCUUGCUUUCCUGCUCUCCUCCGACCCCCUAAUCACACUCUCAUCCCCACACCACUGCCACCUGCCACUGCCCUCGCCGGAUGUCCUGAAUGCCUCCAUUCCUUGGGAGAAGGGUGACAGACCCGGGGACAGCGGCGGUCCCUCUCAGUGUAAACAGUAUGCCAAUGGCAGCCAGUCAUUGGUGGUGAACUGUGAGUCAGGCUGGGACUACAAUGUUACAGAGGGCCUGAAGAACAACAUCGUCACUGAGUGGGAUCUGGUGUGCGAUCGUUACUGGUUGGUCCCAGUGGAGGAGGUGUGUUUCAUCCUGGGCAUAGUGACUGGCUGUCUUGGACUGGGAUUCGCUGCUGACAGACUGGGUCGGUCCAAGUCUCUGCUGACCUCACUGACCCUCUCGGUGGUGUUUGGCGUGCUGGUGUGUGUGUCGCCUUCCCCUUCCAUCUUCAUCGUGAUGCGUUUCUGCCUGGCAGCUGCAAGCGCAGGUGUCUUCCUCAACUUAUACAUUUCACGCCUGGAGCUGUGUGAGCCGUCUCUCAGGCUGGUGGUUACCAUCCUGGCCGGGCUGAUGACGGUCGCCGGGGAGCUGUUGCUGCUGGCGGUGGCACUCGGCUGCCAGUCUUGGAGGGGUCUGCUGGGAGCAGGUGCCGCCCCUCUGACGCUGUUCCUCAGCUAUGGGAUUCCUGGAGUCUUUCCAGAAUCUCCUCGCUGGCUUCUUCUGUCGGAGCGAUCUGUUGACAUGAACGUCUUCACUGACAGAAGAAACUCCAACAGAGAUGUGAGGGAUGAUGAGAGCUUCACAGAGCUGGAUUCCGAGCCGGCGCCCUCCUCUCAGCCCCACCUGUCAUUCCAUGAGCUGUUCCACAGUCGGAACAUCUGGAAGAACAUGUGUGUGCUUGGUUUCACCUCAUUCAUCUCUCACGGCAUCAGCCACUGCUACAGCUCUUUCCGAGGUGACGUCAGAGGGACGGCGCCCAGCUUCUACUGGACGUAUCUGCUCUCCGUGUGUGCAGGAGGCGGAGCCUUGCUGUUGCUAUGGGCGACGGUCGACAGGUGCGGCCGCCGCGGCAUCCUGCUGCUCUUCAUGACAAUGACGGGCCUGGCGUCUCUGAUCCUGCUGGGACUCAUGGAGUAUCUGAGUGAGACGGCCAUCACAGUCUUCUCAGUGCUUGGUCUCUUCUCCUCGCAGGCCACCGCCUCCCUCUGCAUCCUCUUCACUGCAGAGGUGAUGCCCACCAUCAUCAGAGGGACGGGGGUCGGCGCUGUCUUGGCUCUGGGUUCCGUGGGCCGCCUCAGCUCGCCGCUAAUGGACCUGAGGAACCACUACGGCUACUUCCUGCAUCACGUGGUCUAUUCCUCGCUGGCGCUGCUUGCCGUGCUGUCCAUACUGCUGCUGCCCGAGAGCAAGAGGAAACCGUUGCCACAGACGCUGGCCGAGGGGGAGCAGUACAAGCGCCCACCACUGGGGAGGAGGAGGCGGGACAAUGUGCCUUUGCUGGCUACACCAAAUCCAGAGACCUAAAGGAGUUUCUUGAAGAUUCACGGAUGUUAUCUUCUGGUUUGUGGAACACUCCCAUUGAACUGUCCACAUAAGGACCAGGCGGUGGUGUGAGGAAGGGAGGGGUCAAAGGGCUGCUCUGUCAUCCAUGGAGGACCAGGUCGGCUUCCUAACAUAUCAUCCUCAAGUCAUUCCAAACGCUGGCGGUUUGGUUUGCUGCCUUUUCUCUUCAACUCACUGAACCUCCACAAUCUUCUCACUGAAACUCACAAGUGGUACUAGUAGAGGUACAAGUGUCUUCAUCUUCGUCUUCUCCAUACAUUUCUGACUCUCCAUCUGACACACCAGCACACCUUCACUUCCGUGUGUGAAAAGACUUUUAAGCAGACGUGUUUUGCUGUUUGUCCCGUUGACCCCAAAGCGCGUCAUCAUUUAAAGCGAUGUCACUUCGUGGUGUUGGAGAGUGAGUCUUCUGUUCUCAUGUGAGAGCCUGUUGUCUGGUGUGAAGUAGAAGUGGUCCAGUCCUUGUCCUGCUUCUCGCCAACCGUGUAGUCCUUGUUAGUUUUGAUGAAUCGGUCAACAACAGACAAAGAGGAUUUGAGAAGGAAGGAGCAGUGGCUGAUGGGUAUUUAUUUUUCAUUUAUUUGCCCAUAACAAAAGUAACAAUACUCAAAAUGUUUUUAUGUAAAUUUGAAGUAAAAUCUAGGAAAAUACUCAUUACAUUUAGUUCGGACUGUUAUGAACCUGAAAAUGGUCCGCCAGACGCAAUACUGAUGAGUCAGCAAUAGUUGUCUUACAAUGUGCCGUCAUCAGUUUGUGUCCUGAUAGAGUCACAACAACAGUUGGAUUUUUCACGCUUUAUUUUUCAUUUGUAAAUAUCCUCUCUGACUUCCAUGGCAGUUUGGUGAUAAGCAGAUGUUGUGCCUGGAGAUCCACGUGUUACGUUGAAGACAAGGUUCCUGCUCUGCGAUGAGAGGAUUCUGGCCUGGAGCCAGAGUAUUUAUCUUGUUGUGCUGUCGUUUAUUGCCUUAAAGUGGCGGCCAUGACGCUUCCCUGCUGAAGUAUUAAGCUAAUUAUUAAUCUCAAUGACGCUUUGAGGCAUGAAACCUUUUUUAUGAGGAGAGCGUCACCAAGUUCUGCUCUGCAUGAAGUACUGAAGGGCUUUAUUUACUCAAUACCUCUCUGGAUAAUCAAAUAAACUAUUGGCAAAAGCAGACCAGGCUCUCACUGCUUCGACCGUAACAUUACGACUGCCCACCUGAUCCUGUGUAGAUCCUACUUCUGAUGCCAUGUGUGUCUAUGAUCCAUUGUGCUCUGUAGUGUCGGAGUCAGCUGAUAGGUCUAUUAGAUUUGGUACCGGUACACCGGCACAGUCGGUAGUUAACAAGGUACAGGUUUAGGCACAGCAAAGUUUAGAUGGUGCUUCAUGUGACUGUGACUCUUGAAGUCAGUCUUGCUCCGUGAAGCCAAAAUGUCAAGUGAGAUUUCUCUAGCGACUCACCAUUCUACAUGUUGGGCUUUAAAAUGUCUUGUGUCAGUGACAUGUUGAGAUGUCAGAAACAUUUGGUCAUUACUAUUGCAUUUAUUUGAUGUCAGUCGUUCAAGUGUUUAAACGUCAACCUGUAUCCGAUUGUGGACGUAUGAGUAGCAAUGUCUUAUUUCCUAAAGUGCAACUGUCCGAGGAACACGCGACGAUCGCACAGUCACUCUCAUUCUCUCUCACAAAGUCGGAAGUACACGACCGUAAAAUACCUGUUUUACUUUAUGACAAAACAAAUUAAUUUCACACUAUAAAUUCCUAGUUAUAUUGAAGUUGAAACACACAUUCUUGCUCUGUCUGUCUGUAUGUUCAGAUUUUGUGUUGCUGGAACGUUCCCUGAGGUGAGAAGGGGCCCGGUGACGUGGUGCUGUGGCAGCCAGCGAGGGCCCAACACUCCUCACUCUGUGUUCCAGUGCUGAUUUUGCACAAGUCAUUUUAUUACAUAUGCUGAUGUUAUAGAUUAUGAAUUGAAGGACUGAUGAUGUCAGCUUUUUUUAAGGGAGAAGGGGGGGGUUACACUCAACACUGAUUCUAUGUAUUCACUGGGACGUUCUUCAACACUAAUGUUGGCUGAUUGGUGCGAUGCAGUUCUUAACCUCAGUUCAUGUCUGACAAUAAAACCAUGCAUUUUGGACGGGUGCCUGCUGACUCGUGCAAUAUUUAUUGUCACUGCUUCUGAAUCCCUACAUGGCUGCGAGGUUCAGGUAGGUCAUGGACUGUUUCACUGUCUUGGGAAUGGAACAAUAAAAGAUUUUGGAAUAUGCUG